GAACAUCGUAGCAGUUACGCGCUUGUGUUGGCAUCUCCGUUUCCCUACUUACUACGUUCUCGUGUAAAACGCAGAAAGUUACAAACGUUGUUCACGUUAUAUAGUGUAAAUAUUUUUAAUUAAUAUAAGACACUGUGUGUAUAUACAAAAACUUUUUAGGACUAUAAUAUUAAUUUAAAAAAAAAAACAAGUGGGGUUUGCUCUGAAAAAGUAGACAGGAAUCACAGACUCUUAAAUUUUACGUAAGAUUCUCGGAAUAUUGGUAUUUGAAUACGCAUGACGAAACAUGGACAACGCAGGCAACAAUACCACAUUAUAUGACGACGUUUUCUACCCAAGCGAACUCACUUUACAAAGGGAGUUCAGUGACACCAAAGAUAUAAUAGCAAGUAACAUUAUAGCAUGGCCCAUAGAAAAAUGUUUAGAAAUUCUCCAAAUGAAUGACACUAAGACUGAAGACUAUACUAACCGUACAUUUAUAUAUAAUGGAACGCACUUGAGGUGUUUAGAUCACGCACCAGUUUUGACUAAGAGCACUAUAAUUAGAGCUAGUAUUCUCGUUGCAAUGGCAAUACUAUCGCUCUUUGGAAACAUAGCUACUAUUGUAAGUCUGAAAAGGGGAAAACGCAGUAGAGGAAGAGCCAGACCCUCAUGGACAGCUAUUUACAGUCUCAUAUUUCAACUUAGUAUAGCUGAUCUGUUGGUAUCCAUAUUUUGCAUUGCCGGAGAAGCUGCAUGGUUUUUAACUGUUCAAUGGUAUGCCGGUAAUAUUGGCUGCAAAUUAUUCAAAUUUCUACAGAUGUUCGCUUUGUACCUGAGUACGUUUAUAUUAGUUCUUAUCGGCGUAGACCGAUGGCUUGCUGUAAAAUAUCCUAUGAAGAGCAUGGCUACAGCAACUAGGAGCGGCAGAUUGGUUAUUAUUGCAUGGACUUUAAGCCUCUUGUUGAGCAUACCUCAGACUGUAGUAUUUAGAGUGGCAAAAGGGCCGUUUGUUGAAGACUUUUAUCAAUGCGUCACACAUGGAUUCUACACAGAGCGCUGGCAAGAGCAAGCCUAUACAACAUUGUCAUUAAUCUUCAUGUUUGUACUGCCUCUAGUCAUCCUCGUGUCGACUUAUGUAUCGACAGUAAGAACUAUAGCAAAGAGCGAAAAAGUUUUUCAACCUGAAGUAAUAAGACAAGAGAAAUAUCUAACUCCUGAUAUGAACAGACGAAGACUCAUCGAUAGAGCUAAAAUGAAGUCUUUAAGGAUGUCCGUCGUGAUUGUUGCCGCUUUUAUAAUAUGGUGGACUCCUUACUACAUUAUGAUGAUAAUAUUUACAUUUCUUAAUCCAGAUAAAGAUCAAAGUGAAGAACUUUUGUCGGGAAUAUUCUUUUUUGGAAUGUCAAACAGUCUGGUAAAUCCGGUCAUAUAUGGAGCAUUUCAUUUGUGGCCAAAGAAAAAACUUUCUAGACACAGUGACAGGGAGUCUGGAGGCAACCAGGCCUCGUUGUUACGCCGUGGUGAUCACACAUCUUCAGUUCGGUUGACCACAAUACGAUCUUUACGGUCGUCGGCGAAAUAUUCGAACGGACAGAACGUAAGUCUUUUAUAACAAGCAAGGGAUGUGAACAAACUAAAUCGAGUUUACCGUGGACAUUACCUAGAAAUGGAAAGUGACAUUAAACACGGACAAGUGAGCUGUGUUGUUUGUAUGGACAGAAAAACUUCUGCGUACAGAGACCAUGUGGAUACAUAUGUGUAGAUAUAUUAAUGUGUUAGCUUUACCGACCUAUUGUAUAAAUGUAUAUAUGUUUAAGUACAAAAAGUAAUAAAUGUGUUUCUUUUUUAUUAAAAAAUGGAGAUUAGUAGU